CUUAGUCCCGCGCAGUAGCGGUGUUUAUUUACCUUAGCUAUCGCGACGUCAAACCAAUUGAUCCGCAGAUCUGUCUAUGCAUGGUCAAGUGCCACACGGGAAUCCCGGCGUUUGUUUUAUCACAACGACGCCGUUUACGAGGUGGUUUGCAUCUCUAAUUGAAAGACGAAAGAAGAUUAAGGAGGUACAGGAGGCCGAGGCGAGGAAGUAACGGAGACGGAAUCACGCAUCAGCCGCUGAGCGAUCUGUCAUCCACAUACACGCGCUAUCGCCGUCGCGCGAUUGCACUUUGUGUCGUCAUCGUCGUCGACUGCACAGCUCUAACCUAGCCAAGCCUUGCUGCGCUCGUUUCCUGGAUUCUCACGCGCACGACGCACCCGUCUAUCGGCCUGAUGCUGCGCCAUCGCUGACAGCAAUCCUCGACGAGUAUGGGCGACGAAGACGACGUGCUGCCGGCUUGUCUGCAGAGGCUCGAGAUUGACCGUCGAUCAACGAGUUGUCCCCACAUUGCAAUGGCGGACAAAUCGAAGCCGAUGAAUCUAUUCAGGGUAUACGGCAAAAAUUCUAGCAGCAACUGUUUAUUUCGAAGAAGAUCAAUGCCUAACAGGCCUACUACGUUCCCAGUCAACCCAAGGGGAAUCAAGAGUACAACGAAUUUUAAGCCGUCUAAGAACGAGAGAACAAUCGAGAAAACCAAGAGGAGCACCAUCCUAAGGGAGGCCAUUCUAAAGUUAAGCGCUCCCGGAAAUAGCGGUUCUAGUGAUAAUCCAGUGGAUACGCUGUUUAAGAACACGUGUAAGCUCAGUAUUCCCAAUAAAAAUUCCAAGAUGAUCGACCACAAUUCGGUCAUGAAGGACUUCAAGGCGCUGAAUAUCAGUAAAGACAAUAGGCUGGUCAAGGACGACACUAGUAUUCAGGAUGACGACUGCGAGAGUGCAAGCGGUUUCCACCGAGCUCGCAGUAACACGAUGCCGAACUUAAAAAGAGGUCCUGGUCCGGGUGGCGGAGACCAGAGAACGACAACGAGCAAUGGACAAUCGGAUGCUACUGGUAACUCAUCUGGCCAACAACAAUUAUCGAGUUCACCGAACACUUGUUCAGUCCAGGCGCGAAUAUCGCCGCCCUUAUCGAGCGACGUCACAAUCGGCGAACUUGCUGGUUAUUUCGAAGAGUUCGUUCAUAUUCCAAAGAAGAUGUCGCAUAUGGCGGAGAUGAUGUACACUUAAUAAUUGUAAAGUAUCUUGAAUUAUGCUUACAUCGGAUGCAGACUUUUUUUUGUACACACAGUUAUGUGCUGUGUAAAUUUUAUUCUCUAUAUACUGCAUCUCUUUGUUUACGUGACUAAUUUAAUUUCCUAAAUUAUUUUUUUAACAUACUAAUAACACAUCGGCAGAAAUUCUCGCUCUAAUUGUGUAUAGUUCCGAAAUUGUUGAGCUAUUUUGUAUAAAUAUUCGGAAAAGUGCAGCGAGAUAUAUCAUACUUUCUUUUGCAUUCUUUCCUUUUUUUACAUCAUCUUUGCACAUGAUAUUUGGUUUCUUUAAUGUAUAAAAGGGA